AGAGAGAGAGAGAGAGAGAGAGAGAGAGAGAGAGAGAGAGAUGGCCGGUGGGCGCCCACCUUCAUGGCUGCUCGGCGCUCGCCCGUUUCCCGCCGCUUCCCGCCGCUUCCCGCCGCUCCGAGUUGGUGGUGUCCUGCUGCUGAUGUCGGCGAUGGUGUCCCGCCUUAGUGGGAGCGAGGAUGACACAAUGAAUGAUGUAACUGAUGAUGACGACUUCUUCAAGGAAAACAAAUCUGGUGGAGAUGCUGAUGCCGACGAUGAGUGGGAUGACAAGAGCCCAGCCGAUCGAGAUGACAGAGAUGAUACCUCCAGAGAGGCUGUGCCCUUGAGCUUGGGAAGGCCCUUUGUUGAUACUGGCCAUAAUCGGAAGAUGAGGCCACCGACGUCCACUUCAGAAGGAAGCUUGUCGAGCAAGAGGAAAAGCCAUCACGGGGUUGAAAGGCCUGGGAGCAAGGGGAGGGGAGAUGGAGGUCAGCGUAGGUUUCAGGCAGGUGCUGCAGGGCAUGGGGCUAGCUCUUCAGGUCAUACAAGUCAGGGUCGACGCUCUGGCGACAUCAUCAACCGCGAGCGAGCAUCUGGUAAUGCACGUGCGAAGAAUCCUGCGGAUCCUACGGUAUUGCCGGGCUUGACGUGCAGGAGGGGAAGCGAACACAGUCACAGUCUGUGCAUAGCUGCGCAUGAACACGUGUUGAGAACUGAACUGCCAGCUGGCCCUGCAGCGCACGGUCAGUCGGCAGCUCAGAGGGAGUAUGUAUGGCUUCCACCACGAGAUAGUGGAGAAGUUGUGGGGGCGAUGAGGCAUUUUGCACUGCCAGAAAGCAGCAGAGAGAGGGGUCUGUAUUACGAUGACAACGGCAAGAGGUGGGUACCGGAAUGCCUUUCUCUCUCUGUGUGGAAUGGAGCAGAUGUGGGGCUAGUAUUGCCAUGUAUUCAGGAGGGUCUUGUGUUGAAUGAGGCAGACACAGGGCUACCGGUUGUAUUCUCGUGGAUCUCAGGAGGGUCAGACGAGGGGCAAAUAUUGCCGUGGAUUCAGGAGAUGUUGUGGCCAUGGAUUCAGGAGGGUCUUGUGUCGAACGAAGCAGAUGCGGGGCUAGCACUGCCAUGGAUUCAGGAGAUGUUAUGCGGGGCUAGCACUGCCAUGGCUUCAGGAGAUGGUGUGCCGAACGGAAGAGAUGUGGGGCUAGUAUGGCGAUGGACUCAGGAGUGUCUUGUGUCGAGCGAAGCAGAUGCGGGGCUAGCACUGCCAUGGAUUCAGGACGGUCUCAUCUUGGAUGCUAAGGGGGGAUGGAUGACUCGCUCCCUUGAUAUGUGGCCCCGUCAAGAGGCACUGGAGAAGGCGUGGGGUGAUUUGACGUUUUGCAUUUUGCUGGAAAGCAGCGCACAGAACGGUCUGCAUCGGCACGAGAAUGCCAAACGCAGUGGAACGACUUCCUCUUCGUGCUGAAAGCCAUUUCUUUCUUUGCGGAACGGAAACACCUUUCUCUUCGUGCUGGAAGGAAGGCAUUUCUCUUCGCGGCACUGAAACAGCUUUCUUGUUUCGCUCAAAGGCGUUUCUUUUUGCGUAAGUAAAAUGCCUCUUUCUUCGCGUCGGAAACCAUCAUUUCUCGUUGCGGCAUUGAAACGCCGUGGAAGUUCCUCUUCCCUUCCAAAGGUGUUAUCUUUGCGGCAGUUGAACACCUUUUCUUUCACACUAGCUAGGUACCUACGACUUGGCAUCCGCUUCCACCAUUCUGCCUACGUACCCCGUACUUGGUACUGAUAGGGUUUAGGAGGGUCGGGCACUGCCUAGUCAGUAAAUCUUCUGACUAGAGCUAAGCUGCAAUACGAGUUAUGGGUUGCGCCUAUCUCUUCUAUCUUCUAUUCCAGUAUACCUAUCCCCUCGGGGUUGAACCUAACCCCCAGCACAGACGGAAGGGGGCAAGGGUGAGCGGACUAUCUCAGGUGGUGAACCCGAAGUGUGCCACAGGAACUGUGGGGAGCCGAAUGGAUGACAUGGGGAGUCGAACCCACAAACCUCCUGAAUACCAUUUUCGUGCUCAACCAACUUAGCUAGGCCUCUCCAAAAGGGAUUUCUAUUUGCCGCAGUGGCUUUCUCUUUGCCCCGAAAGCCGUUUCUCUUUGCGGCAGUGAAACACUUUUCCUUUGGGCUGAAAGCCGUUUUUCUUUGUGCCUGUGAAACACCUUUCUCUUUGCUCCGAAACAAGCAACACAGAUUUUGGGCCAGUGAUGGCAUGAAUUCUCAACAAUCUCUCAUUCUGCUCUCUGCUGGGAGAGAGGGGGUGAGCACGAGCCAGGAGUGGGUGGGUGGUGGGUGGACUGCAAUGUCAAGGGGUGUGUGUGGGUACACCAAGUGUUGUAAAUGUGCGUGUGGACGAUACGGUAGUUCACGAUUCAGGGCUGAUUCACGAUUCAGACGUAGGAAGUACUAGGAACAAUUCUCCAUCCAUGAAUCAACGAGCUGGUCGUCGUAGUUCGGAGCGGGCUCUUCAACUGGUACUCAGCAUCUGGACCAGGCAACUGCAAUCCUGGACCAGGACCAGGCAAGUGCAAUCCUGGACCUGGACCAGGCAAGUGCAAUCUUGGACCAGGACCAGGCAAGUGCAAUCCUGGACCUGGACCAGAAGUGCAAUCCUGGACCAGGAGCGGGUUCUUGUUGUUGUAAAGUGAGGCAAAUACAUCAAGAACGCGAAGCUAGCUCCUCUGCGGGAGCUGAGGCAAUGGACCAGGACCGGGAAUGGACCAUGGACCUGGUCUAAGCUUCCUGGCCCUGGUCCCGGUCUAAGCUUCCUGGCCCUGGGAAUGGACCACCGAUGGACCAUGGACCAUGGACCUGGUCUGAGCUUCCUGGCCCUGGUCCCGGUCUAAACUUCCUGGCCCUGGUCCAUGGUCCAUGGACUGGGAAUGGACCACGGAUGGACCAUGGACCAGGGCCAGGAAGCUUAGACCGGGACCAGGAAUGUGUGGCAGGAUUGGAAGCAGAGGAACAUGAACCAGCUGUUGACCCGGGCGCUCGUGUCCAGAGGAUGGAAGACAGUCGCACGGAACCUGAAUGAACCGAGGGGACAUGUAAGUUUGGACGAUGUGUUGUUCCUUGGUUUAAAGAGAACUUGGUUCAGGAUCACAGACUAGGAAGUUGAAGAUGCCUGGAGCGGCGGGUGCAUGUGCUAGGAGCAUGUGUGAAGCGCGUUUGACAGGGCGGUUGGAUCUUUUUCGUCCUCUUAGGAACAGUUGAUUAAAAGGCCAAGUGCUUCUGUUCAGGUGGAACAAUGGACAAUGCCGAUGGCAGGAUUGCUUCGCACGCACAAGUUUAGUACUUGUACUCGGAGCUCGAACUGCAACUCGAGACGGAAUGUUGCGGGGAAGUGGGACAUAUGCUUGUUUGUUAUGUAGGAUCUUCCUCCACACAACAAGUGUGAUUUAUUGGCCUUCGCUGUC